AUGUACGGGUACUUAUCAUCAAUGCAGGCAAUAUGGGCUUUCCCAACCGAAUUCCCCAACGGCGUCACAUACAAAAUCGGCGAAAGCGACCCAUCCCAAGAUUGGAACUACAUCUACUGGAGUGUCUUCUCUCACGUCGGAAACACCUCCCGCAACGAGACCGUCUACAGCAUCAACAACUGGACUAUCCUCUUUGACCUCGACGCCCACCAGCUCGCGCACGGCCAAGCGAACCUAAAGGGCACGACCGCCACACUAACAAUCUCCUUUGCAGGUGCAAAGACAGGCAGUCGGACUCUGGACUGGGUCAACCUACCCUAUACACCCAAAGUCAACGGUGACAGCGUAGAGACGUGGGUUAUCCCCUGGAGCGUCGGUACCUCGUGCGGGAUAUGCAGCGCGGUAAGUUGCUUGAACUUUGAGCACAAGUUUAGUUCACGGCGGAGAGGCUGCGUCUAG